AAAGGCCCUUUACAUAGCGGCUGUGGUAAUUCCAGUUUCACCGAAGCGCUUGGUGGUAUAGUGUGGGGGAAAAGGAAAUGACACAACAUUGACUAUGCUCUUUCAAUUUACAGUAGGGUGUCAAUGUGCUGCUUUAAUGUGAGGGAAAUCCCUACAUCACCCUGAGUAUAUAACACGCAACAGCAUUUCAGUUCAUUCAAAGUCUGGAUUCACAGUUGUAUCAAACAUGCCGCUCACCAAGCUCUGUGAGUAUAAUAUCCACAGACUGAACAAGGCUUUAAAAAUUCAAGAUUGAAUUAAUAACAUCAGUUUUCUCUCUUUUUGACAGACGUCCCUGCUGCACUCCUGCUCCUCGUGCUCAGCUGUCCUCUGUGGCACGUCGGCCAGUCCCUGCCGAUGAUGGGUAAAGGACCGAUAACGGACUCCUGCGUCUCACAUGCACGGACGCUUCUACAGAACAUCACUGAUGCUCUUGCACAGAAUGACCUGCUCAUUGCGAUUGACUGCCCAAUACGUAGUGUGGAGCUGAACAUGGCGACUGAUACACCAUCUGUGUGUGCACCAAAGGGAUCAACAUGCACUGGAACCACUAAAGCAGAAUUUGAUCAGAAAUCAUGUCUGGAAAACAUCGGGGAGGAUUUGCGUUACUACUACAAAUAUCUCGCAGCUCAGCCGAAGGGUUUGCUUGGGCUAACUGUUCAGCUCAGAACCCUGAUGGAGAACUGCUUCCCGUGGUCUCUGUCCACAGACUUGGCCUCAAAACAGGCUCCUACAGACAGUCCGAGCACCUUCGAUGAGAGACUGAAACUCUGCAAAGUGCUGAAGGGCUUCCACGUCCGCACCAUCACUAUCAACAGGGUCCUUGGAUACAUGAACUCUGGGGAACACACUAAAUAAAUUCUCUGUAGUGCCUUGACACAAUGAUAGUUUCAGAAAGCUACACACAGGACAACUUUCGUUACAUAAACUACAGUAAUAGAUUGUGUCCCAUCUUAGUUGUGAGAGAAAAUACUAUAACUUCUUA